UCCUCCACAACAAUGGCGCUGUCCAGUGGUUGUUCAUGUAGACUUGCUCCUUCGAUUUUGAAUGCUGACUUAUCAAAUUUAGCUGUAGAGUGUCAAAAUUUGGUUGAUGCUGGAUCAGAUUAUCUCCACCUCGACGUAAUGGAUGGGCAUUUUGUCCCGAAUCUGACUUUCGGACAUCCCGUCGUUAAAUGUCUACGCCCAAAGUUGCCAGGUGUUUUCUUCGAAAUGCAUAUGAUGGUCUCGGACCCUGAAAAAGUAAAAAAAAUAUAGGCCUGGUCAAUUCAUACAAUUUGUGCAAUAGCGUCAUUUUGUGGUUUUGUUAAAGUUUCUGUUUUAGAUUCACUCUCCUUGUUACUAGAUCUAAAUUUUUCUUACUUAUAUGAUGAUUAUGAUGGUUGACCUUUAACUUUAAUGCUUAAGGUAUAAUAUUCAUACAAUUUAGGGCUAUGAUAGUAGGGUAGGCUUAUAUUAUAGUUAUAGGCUAAGUAACGAUUUAUCAUUUUAGUUAAUAAUUUAGGCUAACUAAAAUUUAAAAUACUAGAUAAUAAUAAUAAAUGGUCUACAAACUUGGGUAAAUGUUGGGUCGGCACGCCACUAAUUUCCUAUGACAGCCACCUUUCUUGCCAAGAUGGCAGUCAUGUAAACGCAAAAAGUAGCGCAAACACACAUCUGCUAAAUUGGGGAGGGGAAAUAUAGAAUUUGCUGUUUUAGCUACUUACCGAUAGAAACAAAAAUAGAAACAAAACUUUAAAUUUAAUUAAAUAAUAUCAACCGGUAGAUUAAUAUUGUGGCGAACGUAGCAAAUUUAUUGUAGGCUAUCCCUCUAGAUAUGGGGCAAGAAGUGUCAACAACCUGCCAUUCCUCCCUUCACUUAACUAAAACAUGUUUGCUACACUAGUUACACACUGUGUUGAGAAAAGUGUUGUAAAAUAAUGAAAACCUAACUUACAGUUUAGAAAACACUUUUACAAACUUAAAAAGUUCCACCUAAAAUUAGAAAUUUAUUCUCAUUUUUUUAAAUUUUCUUUAGAUUUUCUAAUCAACCAUCCAAUGAAAUAUUAAUUUACAACAUUCCAUAAGGAUAUUAAUAGUUUAAAAGUUAAUUCUAGUAACAAUCCAAGAAUAAACAAAAGCAAGAGAAUCCUACACAGAAACACAAAGUGGUGUGAUGAACCAACAUUAGCCGUAACUUGUUUUGACAAGGGCCAGUAAGAAAAUAGCUACAGGCCGGAUGGAUUGUCUCGUUCUGCUAAAAUGAAGGUCUAAUGGGCACUAAUGACUAAUUGGCCUAUAUAAAUUAAAUGAAAUUAAUUAAUUAUAAAAAAUAUUUAACAAAAUUAUAUUCCAUGAAAGAAAAUUUAAAAGACAUGCUCUUUACAUUAAUUUAAUUGAGAUUACAUUUAAAUAAAUUAGAACGAGGAGGCUUAUAUUAAUAUAUAUUAUUCGUAUUAGAUGGAAACCUUUGAAUUGCACCUUCAUCCUUUUGCACAUCAGUUAGAAGCAUGACCCAGAUGCUUUUCUUACACUAAUUCUUCUGUCAGUUCAAAAAACACUAUUGAUAUUGCAGGCUGGAUAAAUUGAAUUCGUUAGCCGACCUCUGUACAAGAUAUGUGAUUGUUACAGCGUAAAUGAGUUAAUGAUUUGAUAUGUAGCAAUAUUGAAUUUCAAGUGGAUUACAAACACAAUGUUUAGGAAAGUUGAUUGCUGUGAAUGAGUCAAUGACUAAGAAGCUAAACAAAAAUAACAUUCUAUUGAUAAAUUUAGCUGAAAAGGCAGUUCAAGCUGAGAGAGGUCUAGCAAGCUGGCAAUGAAUGUAAAAUUGCUCAAGUAAAUAAAAAUUGAGAAGACAAUGGAUGCUGCUAAAUGGUGGAAGAUGGCCUGGACACGGUAAAAAAAACUUUAACUCCCUUUGUCGCCUCCCCGGUAGAAGCAUUCGGAAGAUUAUGAUUGAUUCAUUCUUUCUAUGAAUCAAUGUUUACCAUAACCAAUUUUUUUUUAAUUAGUUAAAAUUUUAUCAAAGAAUCAUUUAUUUAUUUAUUAAGUUAGUUGCCUUGAAAUCAAUGAUCAAACAUAUUUUGUUUAUUUGUAUUCCCUUGCCAGUGGAUUGAGGGAAUGGCUGAUGCUGGGGCAAACAUGUACACAUUUCAUUAUGAGGCUACAAAAGAUCCAGCUGCAUGCAUUCGUAAAAUUAGAGAGGCUGGUAUGAAAGUAAGCCAUUCUUUUUUUAUUUGUUUAAAUUAAGUAAAUUAUCUUUGCCCUACCAAUAUGGUUAGGAAUGUGUUAAUUUUUUUUUGUAGUCAUAUCUAAGUUAUGAAUAUUAAUUUAUAUCCUUCAUGCAAAUAAAAAUAAAAUAAUUCUGAUCACCUGUAAUCCUUAUUUUUAUUGCAACCCCCCCCCCCCCCCCCCCCCCCAUUUGUUCAAUCUUUUAUUUAUAUUAUUUGGUGGAUGAUAGACUUUGCCUAUUAAGACAUUUAGUAAUCUUCCCACAAAGCUUUUUCUGAAAUUUUAAAAUUUGUUAUGCAUUAUCAGACUGACAGCUUAUAGCAGUAAUAGUAUGUAGUUUUAGUUUGAAGUUUCUAGGAUGACUGAAAAAAUGCCUCAUUAUAUACCAACACACGCAGGCUGGAAUGGGCAUCAAUCCUCCCACAGAUGUUGAAGUUGUACUUCCCUAUAUUGACCUGCUUGACUGUGUUCUGGUCAUGACAAUUAACCCUGGAUUUGGUGGUCAAAAGUUCAUGGCUGAAUGUUUACCAAAGGUCUGUUCCUUCUUAAUCCUCUAUGCAAUUUGGAACUUAAUCACCUCUGAAGACUAAUAUUUAUUUGUGACUACACCAACAAUUACUUCUGUAUAGUUUAUAUGCGAUCACAUUAACAGUCACCUUGAUAUUUAUGACAUUGCACCAACAAUCAUUUCUGUAAAAUCUACAUGUGAUUACUAUGAUUACAUGAAAAAUCACUUUAACUAUAUGCUAUUCUCUCACUGUAUUGUUUACAUGCUGUUUUGCCAAGAAUCACCCUUGUAUUGCUUGUACCUUUUUUCAACAGAUUCAGUUCUUGAGGGAGAAAUUCAUAAAUUUGGACAUCGGGGUGGAUGGUGGAGUUGGUCCCAGUACCAUACAGGAAUGUGCAGAUGUAUGUCGACGAAGUCAAAUAUCAAAAUUACUGAUCUUAAUCUCUUUCAAUUUGGUCUUAACUCUUGGAAUCUAGGCCAAGUUUCAGCCAACCAACUGUAUGAUUUUUUUAUUCCAAAUGUUUUUAUCUGCGGAAAAUCAUUUGCGCAUUUCAAUGCACCAAAACACCCACACAGAUCUUUUGACUUAGGUCAUCCAACGUAAAACUGCAGACAAAGAAUUACUUACAAUGUGAAAUAUAUUACCAACACAGUAAGGCAAUCCUUUGUUAACUAUACAACAUAAAAAUCUGACAUCAUUCCCCCCGAUUAUGAAAUAGCAUGGUGAAAAGAUAUUAUCACUCUUGAGUCCUUCUCUAAGGUGGUAUUGACAUCUUUUUCUACCCAUAUUCUAGAGAAGGCCUAUGAAUAUAUUUAUUAUAUCUGCCUUUAGUGACCUUUUUUUCCCUAGAUUUUUCACUCUAUCAUUUUACCAAAGCCCAUCAAAGGCAUUUCAACUUAUGGAAAAAUAAACUUGGAUAUUGCUCUAAGUCUUUAGUUAAUGAUAACUUUAACAAAUCAGUAAACUUUAGUCAACAAAUUUAGGUAAUGCACUCAAUUUGGAUGUCAAAUAACCCUGAACUCGUUCACCCGUCCUCACAGUUUGGGGAGUACUCAUAUUAAACUUGUAUUGUUUAAACAAUUUUUUUAAAAACUUGUUUCUACUUUUUUUCCCCCUCAAUCCUAUCAGGCUGGGGCAAACCUGAUUGUUUCUGGAAGUGCACUGAUUCAACAUAAAAACAGAAAACAGUGCAUCGCUGACAUGAGAAGUAUUGUAGACCAAGCGCUACAGAGGAGAUAACACAGAUAAGACAUUUUUAGCUUAGCUGAAAGUUUUUUUUGCCUUCCUAGUAUUUAAUUGAGCUCACUUUUGUAUUAUAAUUUUGUCAAGUUUCAAAAAGAAAACCAUAUCCCUCUCACUUCAGGUUAAAGUUACCUUACUUUAUGAUUUAAUACUUCAAACUUUGUAAGGCCCAUGUCCCAUGCUCAUGAGUUUAUAUUCUGAAUAUUUUCAAAAGUACAUGAGGAUCUAGAAUUCAAAGAUGGCUAUUUCUAAAGUGGGUUUGGAUUAAAGUGUUAAGGGAAAUUAUUUAAGAUGGUUUGAUUUAGAACUCUCCUCUUUGAAACAGUGUCUGAAAAGAAACUGAUUCAUAUUUUGAUGAAGACAGAUCUAUCUUGUUCCGUUUUAUUUUAAUAUGUGAGCUUUUGCUUACAGUACAGGUUAAAGAUUUUUUUCUCCAAUGUAGAUUGACUUUUGUUGGCACUUAUGGUAUUUAUAAAUGGGUAACACUGUAUUUCAUAUGAUGCCUUUCAUGUAGCUGAAUGUUAGCUUUAAGUAUGUGAAUGUUUUAGAUUUAAAAACGUAUCUCUUGCAUCUGUAUGAAGAAUUCAAAAUAAAUUCAGUUGGUUGAUAUUUGCUGGAGGAACAUUAUCUUUAGUUUAAAGAAAGUCAUAAUCUUAGAAAAUAUAAAAAAUUUGUUGACAAAUAAGAUGUUUGAUUGAUGUGAGUAAAUUUGUGUAAACUAAUGUGCAAUGGUUUAUGUAAAUUUGUGUAAACUAAUGUGCA